UUUUUAAUAUCCUCCUCUUUUUUGUGUAGAUAUGGUUCGAUGCACGACUCUCUCAAAGCGAUCGCGGAGAUUGGCAAAUUUGUCCGGGACGCUCUCAACGCCAAACAUGGCUGCUGUGACUGGCAAUGCAGUGCUAGCUUCUCGCGUACUGGCGUCUGCUCGAUCAAUAGCCAAGGCGACAACUACUCACUUCUUGUCCGGGUCGACAACUACAACGUGAUCCUCUGGAAGCAGUAGGCGCUCGCUCUAGACGAUAGAAGGAUGGACAAAGAUGAUGA